GCCGGGGCGCCGCGGCGCGGGCCGGGAUGGAGUGAGGGGCGAGCGGCGGACAGAGCGCGGCCCUCGGCCCCCGGCCCUGCCUCGCUCCGCACGGGUCUAUGCGGCCCCCCGGAGACCAUGGGAUCCAGGAUCAAACAAAACCCAGAAACUACCUUUGAGGUGUAUGCAGAAGUGACCCACUCAGGAAUCAGCUGCAUUGGGAAAGAUCCUGAGGUGCGGAGGCAAUUCCCAGAGGGCUACAGUGACCAGGAAGUUCUACAGACUUUGACCAAGUUUUGUUUCCCCUUCUAUGUGGACAGCCAUGCAGUUAACCAAGUGGGGCAGAACUUCACAUUUGUGCUCACAGACAUUGACAGCAAGCAGAGGUUUGGAUUCUGUCGCUUGUCUUCUGGGGCCAAGAGCUGCUUCUGUAUCUUAAGUUACCUCCCGUGGUUUGAAGUCUUUUAUAAGCUGCUCAAUGUCUUGGCAGAUUAUUCAGCAAAAGGACAGGAUAGUCAAAGGAGUGAGCUCCUAGAAACGUUUCAUAAACUCACCAUCCCUGAGCCAGGAACCUCUGUUCAUCUUGGAGUGCACUCUUACUUUACUGUGCCUGACACCAGAGAGCUUCCCAGUAUACCUGAAAAUAGGAAUCUGACAGAGUACUUUGUGGCAGUGGAUGUGAACAACAUGCUGCACCUCUACGCCAGCAUGCUGUACGAGCGCCGCAUCCUCAUCUGCUGCAGCAAGCUCAGCACUUUAACUGCCUGCAUCCAUGGCUCUGCAGCCAUGCUCUACCCGAUGUUCUGGCAGCACGUUUACAUCCCUGUCCUGCCCCCACAUCUGCUGGACUACUGUUGUGCCCCCAUGCCCUACCUCAUUGGGAUACACUUGAGUUUGAUGGAGAAGGUCCGAAGCAUGGCCCUGGAGGAUGUGGUGAUUCUGAACGUGGACACCAACACACUGGAAACUCCUUUUGAUGACCUGCAGAGCCUCCCCAAUGACGUGGUUUCUGCACUGAAGAACAGAUUGAAGAAAGUCUCUACAACCACUGGAGAUGGUGUGGCAAGAGCGUUUCUAAAAGCACAAGCAGCUUUCUUUGGGAGCUACAGAAACGCCCUGAAAAUUGAACCUGGGGAGCCCAUCACGUUCUGUGAGGAGGCGUUCGUGUCCCACCGCUCGGCCGUCAUGAGGCAGUUCCUGCAGAACGCCAUCCAGCUCCAGCUCUUCAAGCAGUUCAUCGAUGGGCGCCUGGACCUGCUGAACUCCGGGGAGGGCUUCAGUGACGUGUUCGAGGAGGAGAUCAACGCGGGGGAAUACGCAGGUAGUGACAAACUGUACCACCAGUGGCUCUCCACAGUGAGGAAAGGAAGUGGAGCCAUUUUAAACACAGUAAAGACCAAGGCUAACCCUGCCAUGAAGACUGUCUAUAAGUUUGCAAAAGAUCAUGCGAAAAUGGGAAUAAAAGAAGUGAAAAACCGCUUGAAGCAAAAGGACAUUGCUGAGAACGGGUGCUCGGCCGUGCCGGAGGAGUCCCUGCCCAGGACAGCACCCUCACCACUGGGGGAGAAGAAGGACCCUAAAUUAAGAGAGGACAGAAGACCAAUCACAGUACAUUUUGGGCAGCAACACAGACUCCGCCCGCCCCGGCCGCCGCCCCCCCGGAUCCAGCGCUCGGCCCGGCCCGUUCGUCCCCCAAGGCCUCAUGUUGUCAAGAGACCCAAGAGCAACAUCGGAGUAGAGGGACGCAGGACUUCGGUUCCCAGCCCAGAACACCUGGUAAAGCCCAUGCGACACUAUACUGUCUUCCUCUCGGAGGACUCCUCUGAUGAUGAGUUUCAGCAGGAAGAGGAUCCUGUCUCUGGCUUCUCUGAAAACUUUUUCUUCUCUGCUCCUUUUGAAUGGCCCCAGCCGUACCGCGCCCUCAAGGAGUCGGACAGCGCGGAUGGGGAGGAACCGGAGCGGGGCAGCCCCGAGAGACCCCGGGAGCCGCUGCCCCCCAGCCCCCUGCUCGCCAGCACGGCCACCGACAUCAACCUCCUGCAGGACAUCUUCCCAAACCUGGAGGUGGAGUCCCAGCCUCAGCCUCUGAGCCAAGCCAAGAGCCUGGAAGACCUGCGGGUGCCCACGGAGGAGGUGGAGCAGCGCUGCACCUUCGACUACCAGAGAAUGGACCUGGGUGUGUCCGAGAGGAGCAGGAUUGUGCCAACCAUGAAGCUGUCCCACCCCUACAACAAGCUGUGGAGUAUGGGCCAUGAUGAUAUGGCCAUUCCCACCAAGUAUUCCCAGAACUCACCAGAAAGGUCCCUGAGUGCCCUGGGAAACGUGCCCCCAGUCACCAGGAGACCCCGGAGCAGGGACAGUGGUCUGGCUCCUGCAGAGAAGGAUGAAUCCAAUCCUGCCAUUCAAGGGAACAUCACCAUUCCGAGGCCACAGGGAAGAAAGACUCCGGAGCUGGGGAUAGUGCCACCACCACCAGCACCCCGGGCGUCCAAGCACCAGACUGGAGCGGGGUCGGGGGAGACCCUCCCCACUCCCAGCCGGGUCUCUGAUCUUAUCCCAGAGCCCUUUGGAGCGGGACACGUGUCCUUAGAGCCUGAAAUGCAGCAGUCUGGGAAUUACUGCCCUCACCCAUCUCAGCUGCUGUCCAGUGCUGGCAGCGCUGCCGAGAUGCUCCAGCCUGUCAAGGUGCAGGCAGAAGGUGCAGGUAAUGACAGUGACUUCCUGCUGGACCUGCUGGACCCGCUGCGAACGGCGACCUGGGAGGGCCGGGCCCCCCGAGGGCCCCCCAGCCUGCACAGCCCGGCCCCCACGGCUGCCUUUGGCCUGGGGGGAAGUGACAUUGUGCCUCCUCCAGCUGCACCAUUUGUCCAGCCCCUGGGCUACCCUUCCCCAGCCCCACCACCUUUUCUACAGGCAUCCCCUAACCCCUUCACCCAGACACUGCCAGCAGCCCUUCCAGUGUCCCUGGUCAGACCCCCGAGGGGCUCCUUCACCCCCUCCUUAGGUCACGCCUACAGCUCCAGCUUCAUAACACCCGGUGGCUUCUACCCACCACAGAGACCUCAACCCAACCUGUCAACUCUGUCCAUGCCAAACCUGUUCAGCCAGGCUCCAGCUGUGCCAGCAGCUGGUUCCCUGCUCCUGCAGAGCCCUUCUGCAGCCAGUUCCCUGCAGGCAGCAUGUCCCAGCGGGCCCCCCAAGCCCCCAACGUUACAGGUGGGCCAGGCCAGCACCAAGGUAGAUCCCAAACAGGCUCUGGCUCUCCUGGCCAAUGAACCCCCUCUGCUCCCUGCCAGGCCAACCAAGGGCUUGGAGGCAGUGUUACUGGCCUCAAAGUCUGAGGAGACAAAAGAUCCGUUUGAAGAUCUGUUAAAAAAGACCAAGCAGGACGUGUCACCCACGCCAGGUAAGGUGGAACAGCUCAGAAAGCGAUGGGAAACCUUUGAGUGACACUCGAUGGCCUUGGUGUCCCUUUGGGAGUGACAGAGGGGGUUUUGGUUUUUUUGAGCCAGCAUAAACCAAGCAUUUCUUUUACAGAAGGCUGAACCAGGACAGCUGCAGGACCAUCACUGAGCUGCAACCCACACACGAGGGGGUUUUGCCCAGAGUCCCCGUUGUCCCUGUCCCUGCCAUGGCUCCCUCCCUCCCCACCACAAAUCCUGGGAUUCCUGCACUGACCAAAGCGUGAGGGGAAGGGGGCUGGGUUGGGUUUUCCACACACAGCUUUUCAGGCAGUUCUACUGAUGCAGGAGUUACUCCUUCCCUGUGUUUUGAGUCCUUAGCACACGGCACACACUGUGCUGGGGCUCAUUCCUGCCUCUGGGAAUGGCCCUCAGUUUUUCUGGCACUACACACAGAAAGACAAUAUUAUUUUGUUUCCACAGGCAAAGUGCAGCAAACAAACCUGGCUUGUGGGCUGCACUAAAUUAAUCCAUCAGGCUCUGCUUUGUCCUGUCUUGGAACCCAGAAACUCUUUAGGUGGUGCUGUGGGAUGGGGCUUUGACUCCGGGCCUUGCUGGGGCACAGGUGUCCCAAGGCCCUGGUGCCUCAAAACCACAGCACAGAGCAGCUGCUCAGGGUUUGGUCCUGCAUCUGUUGGGAAACUGGAAACACCAGCAAUUGUUUUUUGGUUUUUGAGUUUGUUUUUGUUUAAUACAUCAGAAAAUAGAGGCCAUAAAGAGUAUUCUAGUUCUUAUAUAUGUGUAUCUUAAUAUUAUCUGUCAAUAAUAUAAAUGGCAGUAUAGGAAUGGAAUGUAACAAUAUCUUACUUGAUUAUUACAAACAAAGACAGGGCAGAAGGGGGGUCCCAGAGUUCCCAGCUCCCCAGGUGCAGCGGGAGGUGGUGCUGGGGGUGUCCAGAGGGGGAUCCAAGGGGGCAGCAGGACACCCCCAGCUCUGCCCUGCAGGGCUGGGCCCCCUCAGCCCCCCGGGCUGGACCUGCCGUGUGCUGCUCCUGGGGCAUGGAAAGGGAAAGGGAAGGAAAUGUCCUGCUGGGUGUUGGGAGCCCCCUCUGCACCAGUGGAGUUCUGGGGACACCCCCAGCACCCCUCGGGGCUGUCUCUGCUCCUCCUGCCUCCCUGCAGGGGUGCUGUCCUGGGCUGGGUCUGGGACACUGGGGUGUAAACCUGUCACUCGCAGAGGGAAUCGUCACCACGGAGCCUUGGCCAAAGGAAAUCACCUUGGACACGUGGGGAAAUCCUUGUAAAGCUUUACCUGAUUUCCAGUGUAUCUAUUUUAUUCAUGUAAUCUUGGAAGUUUUCUUACUCUGGGGAAUGGGAAUGGCUGUCAGUGCAUUCGGGUCUGGGCAAUACAAAAGAAAAAUAUUCUCAACAGCUGAAAUGGCACCGGCUUGGGAGAGACCACAGAAUUCCAGGGAUAUUCUGUUUCUGUACAGUGCUGUUCCUCUGACAAGCCAUUCCCUCGGAUUUGUAUUUUCUUUUUGUGUUGGAAGACAGAUGGGUUUAGUAUUGCAUAGUAAAAUAUUUAAAGUCUAAGA